CCAGAGAGAGAGAGGGGUUUCGAGCGGAGUUAGAUUUGAACCUCUGGUUUCUAGGGUUUCCUUUUCUUCGCAUUUUGUGAAGAUAAUUUAGGGUUCUGAGUCUGUCCGAGUUGAUUGAGCUGGGGGACUCGGCGACUCGGCCAUGUACAGUGGUUCGAGCGAUGGGGAAAGCCACGAGGCGGUGGCGGCGGCGGCGCAGAGGAAGAUCCCGCCAGCUUCUUCCAUGCCGUGGGUCCGAAACCUCCGCAGAUACAUCGGAUCAGGCGUUGGACUUGGACCCGAGGCUCUGAUGGAGCUCGAAACAAAGAGAAUCUUGCUGGAUAUUUUCAAAGAGAAGCAGCAAAAAAGUGCUGCAGCGGGCACGAUUCCAAGUUUCUAUAAGAAGAAACCUGAAGAAGGAUCUAUCAGUAGCAAAGUCCAGCGACUGGCAAAAUGUCGUUUUUUAAAGAAGCAAUCAGAUCUUUUGCUAAAUACUGAUGAUCUGGAUGUAAUGUGGGUUUGCUUGAGGGAAAAUUGUGUGAUAGAUGAUGCAACUGGGGCAGAAAAGAUGAAUUAUGAAGACUUUUGCCAUAUUCAAUCUAUAUGUACUGAGCAAAUAGGCCCCAAGUGUAGGCGUUUUUUCAGCCCUUCAAAUUUUAUGAAGUUCGAGAAAGAUGAACAAGGAAGAAUUGCCAUUCUGCCAUUCUACCUUUAUGUGAUGCGAACGGUUUCACUUACGCAGGCCAGAAUUGAUAUGAGUGAGAUUGACGAGGACUCUGAUGGCUUCCUUCAACCACAGGAAAUGCAGCAAUAUAUACAUGGUCUUAUACCUAAUCUAGCACAACUACGUGAUAUGCCUGCAGCCUUUGUUGGAACAUAUUGCCGCAUAGCUGCACGGAAGUUCUUCUUCUUUUGCGACCCUCAGAGACGAGGAAAAGCCUGUAUAAAGAAAAUUUUGUUAAGUAACUGCCUACAAGAACUGAUGGAACUGCACCAGGAAAGUGAAGAAGAAGUCACUGAUACCGAACAAGCUGAAAACUGGUUCUCACUGACAUCUGCGCAGCGCAUCUGUGACAUGUUUCUUGCACUUGCUAAAGAUAUGAACGGAGGUCACGGAACAUUGAGCAAGCAGGCGCUUCGUGAAUAUGCAGAUGGGACACUAACUGACAUUUUCAUUGAGAGAGUUUUUGAUGAACAUGUUGGACGCGGCAAAGGUGGUGGGGCCAGUGCAAGGGAGAUGGACUUUGAAUGCUUUUUGGACUUCGUCCUUGCAUUAGAAAAUAAAGAUACACCAGAAGGAUUGACAUAUUUGUUUCGGUGUCUUGAUCUUCAAGGAAGAGGUUAUCUUACAACUGCAGAUAUCCACACUCUUUUCAGGGACGUGCAUCAAAAAUGGAUUGAAGGCGGGAACUAUGAACUGUGCAUCGAGGAUGUUAGGGAUGAAAUAUGGGACAUGGUCAAGCCUGCAGAUCCACUAAAAGUUACAUUGGCUGAUUUAUUAGGAUGCAAACAAGGUGGGACGGUAGCCAGCAUGCUAAUAGAUGUGCGCGGUUUCUGGGCACACGACAACAGAGAAAAUCUUCUGCAAGAGGAGGAAGAGCCUGAAGAAGAAUGAUGACUGAAUUUCUUUCUUUUACUAACAUGACUGGUUUUCUGGACCUUAACUUUGAUCGUCUUAUAUUAAUGUGUAUGUUGAUGUGA